AUGCCGCCUAAGAAGAAAGGUGAUGGCAAAGGUGGCCCUAAGCCGGGCACAAAACAGGCAAAAGCCGUUGCAGAGAAAGCGAGCGAGGUGAAAAAACAAGCGCCCGAGGAGCCCAAGAAACCCUCAGUGAAGGAGGUUAUCGGCGGCGCAUCAUGGACAGGAAAGCUACCAGUCAAUAUGCUGGCGGAGCACUGUCAAAAGCAAAAAUGGGAAAAGCCUGAGUACAGCAUGAUUAAAACAUCCGAUGGCUUUGUAUCUUCCGUAACGAUGAAGAAGAUAGAUCCUAAGACGAAAGAACUAAUCGUGAUCCCACCGAUGAAACUCCCACCUUCUCAUAAGCAACUCGCUGGUCAGCCGACGGCCCUCGAAGCGCGCCAUUUCGCUGCGGCAUUCGCUCUUUUCCGAGUAUGCAAUAUGCGCAAUAUCCAUAUGAUGAUGCCCCCAACAUACAAGAAAUUGUGGAAGGAGGACUUUGGAGAAAUCAAAGCGGCCGAUACUCGGGAAGGCAAGGGCUGGAUGUACGAGGCAGAUCCAUUCUUAGCCAAGCAAGAACGAGAGAGCGCGGCCGCCGAUCUGGCAAAAAAGCGAGCAGAUCGCGAAAAAGCACAGGCAAAGGAAAAGGCCUCUAAUGCGGAAUUGGGGCUAGGAAACGGAGAUGCCAGGUCAAAGCGUAUUUGGUCGCAAGCGCCCAAGGUGGAUAUGGGCAUGCGGAUUCGACGAGAUAUCGAAGGCCUUUUGCGACAGCAUACAGUUUGGAAUCCGUAUGGCGUUCAAAUCCCAGAAGGCCAAAAGAAGGCCAUUGCCGACGAAUUUGUGGGCUUAGGGUUCCGUCGUAGCCAUGUUGAAGAAGCUACCACGGAAUGCAAAGACCGUGAAGAGGUGUUGGAGUGGCUUCUCAUCUAUGUCCCUGAUGAUGACCUCCCACGUUGGUCUCUGCCAGAAGGAUAUUCAGCCGGAGUCACUCUUGGUUCCGCUGAUCUUGCUCGUGAAGGUAAAAUCAAACGACUGGCAUCUGUUGGUUAUCCAGCCGACAUGUGCUCCCAAGUCCUGGACAGCAAGGAUGGCGACGAAUUGGCGGCUGCUGAGCAUUUGCAGGGUACUUUGGUACAUGGAACUCGAUUCUCAGCCCCAUCUGUGGCGGAUGAGGAUGAGGAAGCUUGGGCAGAAGAAGCCAUUACGUUGGAGGCCAUCUUCGGCGAACGAUAUAAUCGGAUCUCAUCCAAGGUUUGCGUGAUCAAGAGCGAAGCAUCGGAAAUUCCACCCAACACAACCUUCCGGUUCCAAAAGCCCUCCGCUCACUAUCCAAGCACUCCUCCUGUCAUAUCAAUUGAGGCCAAGGGCGUACCGGCAUAUAUACGUCUUAGCGCAAUCCGCCGGGCAGUGCAAUAUGCCCAGGAAAACUUUACUGGUGAAUCUAUGAUCUUCAACGUUAUGGACUGGCUGGAGAUCAACCUGCCUAGCAUUAUGGAGAACCCGGGUAAAUUACGAGAGAUCUCUUCUGUCACAGCCUCAUCGACAGCUGAGACCCUUGAGAUUCCCGUGCGCUCUGCACGCAAGAAUCGCAGGGGCAUCGACUGGAAGGUUGACUCGGAACGGAGCUUGGCUAUCCGAGAUGCCUGGGAGGCCAAACAAGAUACUGCUCCUCAGAUUGAGAUGACCAGGAAAAGAAAGGCACUUCCUGCAUGGAACAUCCAACAUGAAAUCAUUCAUGCAGUCAACACACACCAGGUCACCAUCAUCUCGGGUGAAACUGGUAGUGGUAAGAGUACACAAUCUGUGCAGUUUGUGCUGGACGACAUGAUCCAACGGGGAUUGGGAGGCGCUGCCAAUAUCAUCUGCACACAGCCACGACGAAUCUCAGCCUUGGGUCUCGCCGACAGAGUCAGCGAUGAGCGAUGCGCAGUAGUUGGUGAUGAAGUCGGAUAUGUGAUUAGGGGCGAGUCGAAAGCCAAGCCCGGUUCAACAAAAAUCACUUUUGUGACUACUGGUGUUUUGCUUCGCCGGAUUCAAUCCGGUGGUGAUGCGGAUGGUAAUGUCGCAAGCUCCUUGGCAGACGUUUCCCACGUAGUGGUUGACGAGGUCCACGAGCGAAGUUUGGAUACAGACUUCCUAUUGGCGUUGCUGAGAGAUGUUCUACGUUACCGUAAGGACUUGAAAGUCAUUCUUAUGAGUGCCACCCUUGAUGCUGGUAUCUUCAUGAGCUACUUUGGUAGCCAGAGAUCUGUUGGAUUGGUGAACAUCCCCGGCCGAACAUUCCCCGUCGAGGACUAUUAUCUGGACGACGUUAUCCGGUAUACAUCAUUUGCUCCGGAACUUUCCGAGGGCUAUGAAGAUGAUGAAGAGCCUUCUCGAGGGGACGAAACCCUCGGGAAAGCCCUACGGAGCUUGGGCAUGGGCAUCAAUUAUGAUUUGAUCGCAGCGACCGUCGAGUACAUCGAUGCCCAACUAGGAGGUCAGCCAGGAGGAAUCUUGAUUUUCCUUCCUGGUACCCUAGAGAUUGAUAGGUGCUUGAACGCAGUCAAGAGGAUUCCCAACAUGCAUCCUCUGCCAUUGCAUGCCUCUCUACUCCCAGCUGAACAACGUCGAGUAUUCCAAACCGCACCGAGGGGGAAGAGAAAGGUCAUCGCUGCUACAAACGUAGCCGAAACAUCCAUCACAAUUGAAGAUGUUGUUGCCGUGAUUGAUACCGGCCGAGUCAAAGAAACGAGCUAUGACCCUAAGGACAACAUGGUUCGUCUCCAGGAGGUAUGGGCAUCACAGGCCGCCUGCAAACAACGUCGUGGUCGAGCCGGUCGUGUCCGCGCAGGUAUCUGCUAUAAACUUUACACCCGCAAAGCCGAAUCCAACAUGGCCCCGCGACCAGAUCCCGAGAUCCGUCGCGUGCCUUUGGAGCAGCUUUGUCUGUCCGUGAAAUCCAUGAAAGGUAUCGAGGACGUUGCCACCUUCCUAGCCAACACCAUCACCCCACCAGAAAGCAUAGCCGUCGAAGGCGCCCUGAGCUUCCUGCACCGCGUUGGCGCUUUAGACCACGACAGGCUCACAGCACUGGGUCGCUACCUGUCCAUGAUCCCCGCAGAUCUCCGCUGCGCGAAGCUCAUGAUCUACGGCUCGAUCUUCGGCUGCAUGGAACCCUGCCUCACCAUCGCAGCCAUGCUAACAGUCAAGAGCCCCUUUGUCUCACCACGCGAGAAGCGCGAAGAAGCCAACGCUGCCAAAGCAAGCUUCUCCCGCCAGGGCGAUGGCGACCUCCUCACAGAUCUCUCUGCAUACCAGGCUUGGUCUGAACUGACUCGUGCCAAGGGCGGCUACUGGGGCACUCAAUCAUGGUGUGCGGCCAAUUUCCUCUCCCACCAGACCCUGCGCGAUAUUUCCUCCAAUCGCGCGCAGUUCAUCACCUCCCUCAAAGACGCAGGCGUUCUACCAGUCGAGUAUUCCGAGACAUCGGUUUCUGCCUGGAACCGUAACGCCGGCAACCGCAACUUGAUUCGGGCUCUUGUUGCAGGAGCCUUCCAGCCGCAGGUCGCGCAGAUCUCGUUCCCGGAUAAGAAAUUCGCCAGCUCUGUAACUGGUACGGUUGAGGUUGAUCCGGACGCGCGCACCAUCAAAUACUUCAACCAGGAGAACGGUCGUGUCUUCAUUCAUCCCAGCUCUAUUCUCUUUUCCGCGGCUGGAUAUCCCAGUGCUGCGGCGUAUCUAAGCUACUUCACCAAGAUGGCUACCAGCAAAGUUUUCAUCCGUGAUCUCACUCCUUUCAAUGCAUACUCUCUGCUUCUCUUCUGCGGCUCUAUAGAACUCGAUACUGUGGGCCGUGGACUGGUUGUAGACGGCUGGCUCCGUCUACGCGGUUGGGCUCGAAUUGGUGUGCUGGUUUCCCGACUUCGUACCAUGCUGGAUGAGGCUCUCGCGGAACGGUUCGACAAUCCCUCCUUGGUGGCUGAUGGCAGCAGCAUUGGCGAUAGAGUGAUUGAGGCUGUCAAAAAGCUCAUCGAGUUCAAUGGGCUUGAUCAGUGA